AUGGCGACGAUCCAGGAGCGGCCAUUCUCGAAGAAUUACAGUGGUCUCAUCAACCAGUCUGUGAUCGCAGGAUGCAUCGUCGUAAUAGCUAUCACAUCCCAUGAGCUCAUGAAGAGAAGACGCCGCGGCAACCCAGGAAAUGAGGAUAAGCCGGGUAGCGUCGAGUCUUGGGAAUUUGGAUAUCUCUAUCAAGGCAGAUCAUGGGCGAGGAAACCAUCGCCUCUACACUCGCGAGGAUGGCCGCUCACUUGGGUCAAAGAAGUGAUCAAAUUCCCCGAAGAACGUAUAAACGAGUUCCGCGGCGUCGACGCGACGUUGUAUAUUCGUUUCCUUCGCGGCUGCUUCUGGUUCACUCUUCUGCACACCUUGACGACGCUCCCGAUUCUGCUGCCUAUUCAUGUCACUUUCGCUGGCGACUCAGUGCCUCCCAAGUCAAUGACCCGGGCAUCCAUCACGUCCCUGGUUCUCACAGAGAAGGGGCUGUCGUUGCUGUGGAUUCAUCUGUUGCUCAUUAUCUGGAUCACACUGACAUGGUUGUACCUCCUGGUAUGGCUUUGCCGUGGAGCAUUCCGACUUCGAGCGCAGAAUAUCGUCGCCACGGCCGACAGAAUGGCUUCUGCUGGAGAAAGCAUCAACCCCUACGAUCAUCCGCAUCCGCAUCCGCAAUAUCCCUUUCAUGUGCACCCAUCGCUCGAGAGCGACACCAGGACUCGAGGGAUCCGGAUGCGCACCGUGAUGGUCACGAAUGUCCCACCGCUCCUUCGCUCGGAGAAGGACUUGAAGGAAUAUUUCGAAUAUUACUUGUCGCGACCGGUCGCAAAGCCCGCUAUUGGCGUUACUAGUACAACACCUCCUGGGUUCUUGAACAAGUCUUUUGCCUUCCUACUGAAUCAGCUCUCACGAAUUCCUGCACACCUACGUCACCCUCGCAUCUCCGAUCGUAGUGUAAGUGACGUUGCGGAAACGUCUGCAGAGUUCGGUACGUCCGCGUUCUCAACACCAGAGCGGAGCGACACGUCGCCGUCAGUCGAACGAGUCAUCCUCGUGAAGAGAAUGACUGAGUUGGCAUCGUUGCUGGAACGCCGUGAGGAAGUAUUGCGCCUUCUGGAGACCGCUCAUAUCAAGCUGGCCCGAAGAGCUGCAGCGUCCGUCAAGCAAACAAUUGCCUUGGAAUCAAAGUCUAAUGAAGAUACAGAUUCUCCGACUAGUGAAGGCAGGACGGAUGAGGGAGGUGAGAAUCGCAUGCAGCUCUUGGUCCGUACGUUACGACCGUACCUUGUGCUGCCUAAUGCGCAGGAAGAGGCGCCGUUACCUCUCUGGACGCGCUGGACGCAGUGGCUGCAUCCCUGGGAUUCCACUGCUGACAAGCAGCCGAUCAGCGUGCACUCUGAAACGGGCAAGCCCACUGACACGAUCUGGGAAGCCCUUCUGAGUCUUCCUCGCAGUACCCUCGACGCAUACCAGCCGCUGAUACACCUGUCUGCGCUCUUUCGCGGCCGGGCUGUCCCCGCGAUAGACUACUACACGGCGAAGCUCGACAUCUUGACCUCAUUGAUUACGGAGAAGCGCGCCAAGGCUGCAAAUGGCUAUGAGUCGAUGUCAACGGCGUUCAUCACGUUUGCUGAUCCCGCCGAUGCGCGAAAAGCGUGCAAAUUCCUCGCGGUGCACCCGGCCAACCCGCUGCAUUGCUUUGUCACUAUGGCUCCAGCCUACGAGGAUUUGGAUUGGAUACGGCUCAUGAAGCCGACGUUUAGAGUCGAGUUCGUGAAAGACUGGCUUGUGAAUCUUGGCGUCUGGGGAUUCACGGUAUUUUGGGUGUUCCCAGUGUCAAUUUUCGUCGGUCUUGUAUCCAUUCAGAACAUCAGCACGUUCUUGCCUGGCCUUGAUAACUACCUGAACAAGCAUCCUUGGGAGGAAGAGGUUUUACAGUCGUUCGUACCCACCCUUCUGGUCUCCCUCUUGUCUCUCCUGAUCCCGCUCAUCUUGCUCUUGAUUGCAAAGAAGGCACAUACCAUCGCCACGCUGUCCGCCAUGCACGACAGGAUCAUGACACGAUACUAUAAGUUUCUUGUAGUGAACGUCUUGGUCUUUUUCUGUGUCGGUACGGCAGCACUGCAAUCUUUUCUUGUAUCCUUCAAGGCGACUUCUGGCUUGAAGGUGAUUCAAGUGGUGGCAGAUAGUUUUCCCACAGCCGGACCCUUCUAUGUUGGAUGGUUGAUAUUCACAACGGCGAUUCACGGGGGGUUCGAGUUGGCUCUAUGUAAGGACUUCUUUAUCUCUUUGCUGCCUCUCAUCUUAUAUCCUUCCACGAAGCGUCAGAUAACACCGCGCAAGCGAGCAAUUGGCAUACGUCCACGCACUUUCAACUAUUAUUAUUGGCUACCCAAUCAUGUCUUAGUCAUUCAUGUUCUUGUAGUUUUUGCUGUGUUGAAUCCGUUGGUCAUACCGUUUGGUUUCCUAUACUAUUGUGUGGAGCUAGUCGUCAUCAAGAACCAGUUAAUACAUGUAUAUGCGAAGAACUACGAGAAUCAUGGACGUACGCUGACGAUUCGCAUAAUACGAUAUUCUUGUGAUGGCUUGAUGCUUGCUCAGGUCGUCUUUCUAGCGUACAUGGUUGUCCUGAAGAAGCAAGCUAAUGUCGCCGUGUCAGCGGUCUUGGUAGCCUUGACAGCUAUUGUGAAGCUUCUGUUGACGCGUCUCUGUCGUGCUCGCUUUGAGCGCGAUGACAUGCUGGAGGCGGAAAUUAUCUGUGGCACAGGCAUUGCGCCUGAAGCUCUCCUCGACGAAGCGCAGCCAAUCGAGAAGACCCCGACAGAAAUGGACCCUGUGAAACUGCUCAGUCCCCACCACAAUACGACAAGGACGUUGCCGGCGCGGGGUCCUUGGGGAUUGCCUACGAGGAUCGACGACGGAUAUGCGACAAUUCCGCGACGACCGCAUGACCGCAUGCAACGUGGUCCUAACCCAUUCGCCUCUCAGGACCCUGAAUGCGCUGCUGAAGAGAUAUUGCCGGAGAAGACCAUGGCCCUAACCAUUUCGACUAUACCGUUGCCCCGAGACCGUUCGGAAGACAACCAAAGCAGUCACAGUCGGCCAAACCGAGCGUCUGCACCAUCUGCAUCGGUCACACCUCAUGUGGCGCAUCCAGCGUGGGACGACGAGUCCUGUCCAGAUCGUCCAUAUGAAAACCCCUAUUACGCACGCGCAAUCCACGAGGAACUCUGGCUGCCUCGGGAUCCUCUAGGCCUGCUUAACCUUGACGAUACAGUCAAUCUCCGUCUCUCAUUAACCACCCAACCCGGGUCGGGAAGGCUGGGCGCAUGG